UGAAACAAUGUUUUGCAUCUAUAUAAUGAAUAGCAGGGUCAAAAGCAUUCUAAGUUACAGCUUUUAUGCCAAAUACUUAACAGUGUUACGGUAUAUAUCCAGUUGUAAGGAGACUAAGUCGUUGACAGUAGCUAAUGAGUACCUUGAACUUUUUACAGGGGAGCUUCCCGUCGAGUGCCACCCCUAGAUUUGUGGCACCGGGGGUCUCAUACUUCUCGAGCUCCCUCAGAAUGGUUCCAGCCUUGUCCCAUAAAAACCCAGAAGUAAUAGUAGUCAACUGGGAGAAAUCUAGAAAUCCUCAACAUGAAUUCGGCAGGAUGGCAGAGAUUAAUAUGGUGGUGAGACAUGCAGAGAGGCAAAUACCUCCGGUGCCUCACUGGAGAUUUUGUUACAUGACUUUACGCAACAAUUUCAAUCUGGGCGCUUUAAUCCUUCAUCAAUUUGAUAUAGAUCUUCGUAAUGCUGUAUGUGUUCUCUAUUUGUCCCUUUACGCUCUUGACCACAUCGAGGAUGAUACAAGCAUUUCUGCCGAGGUUAAAGUACCUACCCUGAUGGCUUUUCACCGUCUCAUAUAUGAUCAAGAUUUGCAGUUUGCACGUGGUACAAAGAACUACAGAGUUCUCCUAAACAACUUCUAUCAUGUUUCCACUGCUUUUAUGGAUCUUGGGCUCAGUUACCAGGAGGUUAUUGAGGAUACUACCAAGAAGAUGGGUGCUGGAAUGUCAAAAUUUAUUUGCAAGGAGAUAGAAACAAUUGAUGAUUAUGAUGAAUACUGCCACUAUGUAUCUGGACUUGUUGGAUUAGGGUUGUCGAAGCUAUUCCAUGCUUCUGGAAUAGAAGAUUUGCCUCCUGGUACUUUCUUCCACACAUCAUUUGUAUUUGGUCAGAAAGCAGAUAUUAUCCAAGACUAUUUGGAGGAUAUCAAUAUGACACCGAAACCACGAAGGUUUUGGCCUCGACAAAUUUGGAACAAGUAUACUGUUAGACUUGAGGACUUCAAAUAUGAGAAGAACUCCAUCCAGGCAUUACACUGCCUGAAUGACAUGGUCACAAAUGCGUUGCUACAUGCUGAAGAUUGCCUAAAGGACAUUUCUGCUGUGCAAGAUCCAGUUAUCCUUCGGAGUAUUGCAGGAGUACAGGUUACAACUAUUUGGAUAUUAGCUUGGUGCUACAACAACAUUCAAGUCUUUAGAGGCGUUGAGACAUUGACGCGUGGUCUUAUUCCUGUAGUUGUUGACGGGACCAAAACAAUCUCGAAUUUCUAUCGGCAUUUUUAUAAAUCCACUUGCAUACUGAAAUCUAAGAUUGAUGACAGUGACCCCAAUGCUAACAAAACGAGGGACAGAGUAGAAUCAAUCUUGAAAACUUUAGAGGGACUCCAGAAUUUUAAAACGGAAGUACAUAAUCAGGAGUGAUCCCAGAAACAAUUCCACUAGAUUCUUCUAAUCUUCAUCAUACUGGAAACUACUCUGCCUGCCAUGACCUCUAUAAAACAAUAUGCAAAUUUUUCUCAACAGAUUUUUGUCCUGUCUGAAUAUGAGAUUUUAUGUAGAAAAUAAAAUGGAAACAUCUUCGUUGAGUAUCUCGAAAAAGCAAAAGAAAUACAUGUCAAAGUUUGCAAAUGCCUCUACACUUUUGUUUGUACAUUUUCUCUUGAAAUUGAAGGGUGUUAUUAACUGACAAAUAUUUCUCAUAAUUCUAUCUAGUACUGAAGUAGUUUCACCUUAAUUUCCUCAGUUGAAUCAGGGAUCAGAACAGAAUUGAUAACUGCUGUACAGACGAUUUUCUGUCACCUUUUGCUGAUACUCUGUCGUUCUUGCAGGUUUAGUUUCAAAAGAAACACCUUCUUAUCAGCGAAUCACUAGAAUUAAAUCAUUCUUAUGUUCACAUAAUUAUAAUAUAGUGUCCAAGUGAAUUUGCAAACUCUUAUAUGAUGCUUAAGUCACCAUAAGCCCAGAGCUCGUAAUUUGUAUUUUUAUUAUUAUUACUUUUAAUCCCGGUUUGUAUUUUAUGUUAUAAAUAAAAGUUUUCACAAUUAGUCCAUUCUAUUUAACUUUGUCA